AUGGUGGAACAAGAGUAUACGGAGUGUUUGCUAGGGAAUAAGUACCAUGAGAUUGAUGAUUUUGACAUAGCAAAGAAGGAAGAAGACAUUGGUUUCUACGCUGGAUUUGUUGGUUGCUCUUUCAUGGUGGGGAGAGCGUUGACAUCUGUGAUAUGGGGACUUGUUGCUGAUCGUUAUGGUAGAAAACCUGUAAUCCUUAUUGGAACUGCUUCAGUGGUCGUUUUCAAUACUCUGUUUGGCCUAAGUUUAAAUUUCUGGAUGGCCGUUAUCACUAGGUUUGGUCUCGGUAGUUUCAACGGUUUAGUCGGUCCUAUCAAGGCAUACGCAGUAGAAACGCUCCGUGAUGAGUAUCAAGGUUUAGCACUCUCUGCAGUUAGUACAGCAUGGGGAAUUGGACUCAUCAUUGGCCCUGCUAUAGGAGGUUUUCUUGCUCAGCCUGCAAUGCAAUAUCCAAGUUUAUUCUCACAGGAUACGAUUUUUGGCAAGUAA